CGAGACUUUCCUUGCACGGAGUCUGGAAGAGGCUAGAUUCGCCAACUUGAUAGAGUUCCGCGAGGACUAGGGGAGCGCUGUCCUCCGAGUCUGGAGUACGGGGCUCCACGGGGCCAUCGGCUUCUCGGGCACGGGGAGUGGGAAGAGUGGGACCCCCCAAGAACGCCUCCACGGGGAAUUUUCGGCGUUGAUCGUCUGCCACCUCUUCAUCUCACGGGCCGAAGGGGCUCGAGUCUCACGCGGAGAUGCCGCCAUUGCACGUUGUAUGCCGGAAGGCUGUCCUCCGUUCCCUGUCCUAGUUGAAACCGCAACGCCACAUCAACCCAACAUAUGCCCAAGGUGAUGAAGGGAAAGGAUCUUCUUCAUACGACCACUCGCGGAGGCCCCGCAUCUCUCCGCGAUGCCAGGCUGACGCUCUCGGGAUACUGUAGACCGGAGACCCUGGGUAAAGGAUCAUCAAGGGUGUUUUGAGUCCCCGCAGUACUACCAUGCCGCAUCCCCAUGGGGUUGGGUGUUCAGACCCUGUCGGCCCUUGCAAUCUCCCGGUUCAACAGGGGGCACGUACUGUAGUCACUUAACGGGAAUCGCUAUUCUACGGUAAUGUACACAAGUAGUCUACACAAUUCAUCCGUUUGAGGUAUACUUUGAUGUAUAUCGAAAUAUAUCCAAAGCGGGGGUCGGUGGUCUUCAGGAGACCGCGACAUCCUGGUAGGUAGGAGGAAUCUAUCACUGCACAAUUCAUCCAUUUGAGGUAUAUACUGAUGUAUAUCAUAAUAUAUCCAAAGCGUGCGUCGGUGGGCUUCAGGAGCCCGCAGUAUCCUGGUAGGUAGGGGGAAUCGAUCAGGCCUUCCUGGUGAAGAGAUUUAUAGAUAUAUAAACCAGCUCUCCUCACGGUGGGAACAAUGCCUUCACACUCCUGUCACUGUCAUCCAUUACAGAGACCAGAAACAUCAACAAUUCUUCUCCCGUCUUUUUUCUUUGCCCUGUCACCCUCAAGAUGCUCCUGCGCAACUUCCAUUACGCGAUGGCGUUGCUGUGCCUGGGCUCCGUGUCGGUUACUAAGGCGCAGUCUGAUGACUACCGUCCAGUGUACCACUUUACGCCCGAUAAGAACUGGAUGAAUGAGCCAAAUGGCUUGAUCAAGAUCGGAUCGACGUGGCACCUCUUCUAUCAGCACAAUCCCACGGCCAAUGUGUGGGGGAAUCUCAACUGGGGUCACGCAACGAGCACUGACUUGAUGCACUGGACCCACGAAGCUCUCGCUAUCACGCACGAGAAUGGCGUCGAAGCUUUCACGGGUACGGCCUAUUAUGAUAGGAAAAAUACGUCUGGCCUCGGCACCUCUGCAAAUGCGCCCUACCUGGCUUGGUACACUGGCUAUACCACGGAGGGUCAAAAGCAGGACCAGCGCCUAGCCUUCAGUGUUGACGACGGGGCGACCUGGACCAAAUUCGAAGACAACCCCAUUAUAUCCACCGACCAGGAAGCACCUCAUGAUAUAACGCGUGGAUUGGAGACUCGAGACCCAAAGGUCUUCUUCCAUGACCCCUCGGGCAAAUGGGUCAUGGUUCUUUCCCACGGCGGACAGAACAAACUGUCGUUCUGGACGUCUCCCGAUACCAAGAAGUGGACAUGGCAGAGUGACCUGAAGUCAUCCUCGGUCGGAGGCCUGUCAUCCGGUAUAACAGGGUGGGAAGUCCCCGACAUGUUUCAACUUCCUGUUGAUGGCACCGGAGAGACCACAUGGGUCUUGAUAAUGACACCUGCCCAGGGAUCCCCUGCGGGGGGCAAUGGCGUGUUGGCAUUCACCGGGUCCUUCGACGGGAAGGCCUUCACUGCGGACGCCGUCAGCAACUCCACCCUGUGGCUGGAUUAUGGGCGGGAUUUCGACGGCGCGUUGAGCUGGGUCAACGUGCCUGCGUCCGACGGCCGGCGAAUUAUCGCAUCCGUCAUGAACAGCUACGGCUCCAACCCGCCCACAACCACCUGGAAGGGCAUGCUCUCGUUUCCCCGGACACUGUCGCUCAAGAAAAUCGGCACUCAGCAAUUCUUUGUUCAGCUGCCAAUCGCAGAGUUGGAUACCAUUGGCACUACCGUUCUACAGGUCCAGAACCAGACCCUUACUCCUGGCCAAACCUUGUUGUCGUCUGUCAAGGGAACUGCUCUCGAUGUUCGACUUGCUUUUCGCCCUGCUGCUGGCUCGGUUCUGUCCCUGGUUGUCCGUAAGGGUGAAUCCGAGGGGACUGUCAUCAAAUACACCCAGUCAACUUCCACCCUCUCGGUUGACCGCACCGCGAGCGGUGAUAUCUCCUAUGAUCCGGCCGCAGGAGGCGUGCAUAAGGCCAAGUUGCAGGUAGACAAUACUGGAAUUGUUCACAUCAGGGCGUUGGUUGAUACUUGUUCUGUGGAGGUCUUCGGCGGGCAGGGAGAGGCGGUCAUCUCAGACCUGAUUUUCCCCAGUGAUAGCUCUGACGGCCUGGCCUUGGAGGUGACUGGAGGGAAUGCUAUGCUGCAGUCAGUGGAGGUAAGGAAGGUGUCCCUCGGGUAA